AUAAUAGUAUGUAUUUUGACUUUUAAAGCGCAAGCCAUCAUGCACAAAAUUUCGAACAGGGAAAUAUGUUAUAACAACUAUUAAUGCCGGAAAUAAAUUUUAAUUUAAAUGGCCGACGUACAACUUCAAUCACACGAGCUAGACACAAGAGAUGAUGACAAGGCGGUGGUGUCUGAGUCUGAUGUCAACCAUGUAAAUGAAUCGAAUGCAGGCUCAAACACCGACCUUAUUGCUGAUGUAAAUCUUCUCUCGAUAAACGAAAAUAACGUUUUCAGUGGUGAUGUAGCGCGAAAUAAUUUGUUAUGUUUAAAUAAAACAUUGCCGUCGUUAUCACCAUUGUCUAGUCAAUGUAUGCCUUCGUGUUCAUCUAGUGAUGUAAAUAAUAGUGAACCUACUACUGUAGGUUUACCACAUUUCAAUGGUGUCAAAUAUGUUUGUUAUAAAAACGAACAGCAAAUGAAAGAUAUUAUGCGUUUAAUACAAAAAGACUUAUCCGAACCAUAUUCUAUCUAUACAUACCGGUAUUUUAUACACAAUUGGCCUAAACUUUGUUUUUUGGUAAGUCAUUUACAGAUUUCUUAUCUCUUGAUGUUUUAUAUUUUUAGAUCAAAAUAUAUAAUAAUGUACAAUAUAAUUUUUACACGUUUUAGGCAGUUGAUGUGGACAAGAGUGUGGGAGCAAUAGUAUGUAAGUUAGACGGCCAUAGGAAAGUUAGAAGAGGUUAUAUUGCAAUGUUGGCUGUGGAUGAAAAUUACCGAAAACAACAUAUUGGUAUUAAACCUUAUAAAUUGUAGUUAGAGCUAAUUAUCUAGUAUGCUUUUUAUAUCAUUUAACCAAAUUAUACUUGUAUUUUAGGUUCAAAUUUAGUACUGAAUGCAAUUGAAGCAAUGGUAAAUGAUGGUGCUGAUGAAGUAAGUUUAUUAUUAUAAAACUAAUUUAAUUUAAAUUUAUUUAAUUUUUAUUUAUUUUAAUUUAAUAUUACUUUAAUCGUACUGCCUACCUAAAUAUGAAUACUUAAAUUAAUCUUAAUAAUUAGUUUAAAUGAAAAUUAUUUUAAAAUAGAAAAAUAAAUAUUUUGUGAGGAACAGUUGAAGUAUUUGUAAUCAUAGCUCAAUUUUUCCUUACAAUAUUAAUUAUUUAAUAUAUAUUUAUAACUCAAAUACUUAAAAUACAUUUUUUUCAAAAUUAUUAUAUUUUUAUAAUAAAAACAAUAAUGUCUGUAAAUGCAAAUAAGUAACAUCUGCUUAUAUAUGUUUUGACAUUUAUUUUAUGUAGGCAUUUUAAUGGUACUCACAUCAGCUAUUAUUUACCUAUGUAAUAUUAAACAAAAAUUACAAUUUUUUAAAAGGGCAGCACAAUAAUAAUAAAUAAUGAUUAAAUAUAAUAUAAAUGUUGAUAUUAGCAAAUACUGUAAUGGAUAUAUUAAAGUUCUGAAGAUGGGUGGGAAAUGUGAAUUUCAAAUCACAGGGGUAAUGGGGUACAAUUUAUUAAGUAUUAAGUUAUAAGUAAUAUUAUUCAAGUCUGUUAAAUGCCUUUGUACCUUAUAUUACACCCUUGUUCAUUAUCUUCUUGAAUAUAGAUCUGUCGUAUUGCAACCGUAUCUUGCCAAAGACUAGAUACCACUUGAAUAAAUGCAAAAUAUAUUUUUAAACUUUAUUCAAAAUAAAUAUUUAUUACAAAACUUACAAUUAUUCAAACAUAAGACAGGUUCUAAAUAUUCCUACACUUGCCUCUCAUCAUGAAAAAGGGAACUUAGAUUUUUAGAUUCUGAAUGGAGUGAAGAAGCUUAUGGUUUAACAAUGAUGUUAAUAAUUUUUUUAUUUUUUGUCUGUGGUCAACUUUUUACCAAAAAUCUUACUCAGAUUUUUAAAUAAAACAACUUUUUUAAAAUUAAAUUGGACUGAGUAGGUACUAUAAGGAGGUCAUUUCUCGAUUUUCUCAUCAAAUGUGGAAACCCCGAAAAAAAAAACUAAAAAAUGUAUGAAAUAUAUUAGUAAAAUUUUACUAUUUUUUUUUCUGUGAACAACUUUUUUACCAGUAAUUUUAAUUUACAAUGAUAACACUUUCUAAAAGGAAAUCUUACUGGGAAGGUACUACUUUAGGGAGGUCAUUUCUUGAUUUUCCCAAGAGUUUUCCCAGCAAAUGUAAAAAACUGGGAUAAAACCGGAAAAUUGGUUCAUUAAACAAAUAGUAUUAAAGAAAAUAUAUAAUACCUAUUUAAUUAUUUUACCAUAAUAUGACAUAUAUAUUGUUGACAAAGCAUCACUAUUGACUGAACUCCGCUCAGAAUUGUUUUUUCAUUAGCAAUCGUUUAUUGUUGCUUGCAGGUAUACGUUGACUUACUUAUAAAGUCAACACUGACUAUACCUGUCUCCAUUAUCCUAGGACAACUCUUUACAUUUUCAACUUAAUAAAUUUGAAUUGAAUCCAAGGCGGUGCACAUGAAUAUACUAUUAUUAGUUAUUAUUAUAAAUUACUAUUAUCAUUUGAACACACUGUAUACAAUACACAUUUUAAAUUAUAAUAUGUUUAUCUACACAAAAGUAUUAAAUAUUUAAUUUAAUGGUAGGAUUAAUAAAGAUGAUAUUAUAUUAUGAGUGUAGAAACAUGAUUAAACAUAAAUGUGUUGAGGUCAAUUGAAUGUUUAAAUGGAUUUACAUUUAAAAUUUUAAUGAUACAUAUUUAUUAUUUUUGAAUGAAUCUAUUAAUUAAUAAAUUUUCUCAAAAUAGCAUCUAUUUAUAAACUCAUAUUUACUAGAGCCUAUAAUAGGUUUAUAAUGUAUAAAAAAAAACAAUGAAAUUAUUAUACUUAUGUAAUUAAAGUUGAAUCAUUUUAGACGAGAAAAUAGAAAUGACAUAAAAUAGCAGAAUAAUAAAUUAUAUAUUAUGAAAAAGGCAGAUCUUUCAUUUUCAAACUCUGUAUUCCAAGUUGAUUUUGCUUAAUAUAUACGCAAACAUAGUUCACCUCGAUACUCAGACUCACUUAAAGACACUUUCCUUAUGGUACAAGGCCUGGUGGGUUAAAAUAAAUCAAUCCAUACAAAUUCCAUGCUCUAACAGAGCAAUAUACCCGUAAUCACUUUAACUAGCAUUCCAAUCCCACAAGAAACUUCAGCAAAAUACCUAAAUUUCCCAUUUGAUUGUCGCCUAAUAUAAAAAAUAAAUGUAAAGCUAUAAAAUUGAAAAUUAAGCAACUAUAUUACCUAACUCACUCAAAACUAAACCUAAACAAUAAACAAAACAUAUAUAAACUAUUAAUCAAACCAGUUUGGUCUUAUGCCUCACAAAUCUGGGGUUUUGUGAAAAAAUCAUAUAUAUAUAUAUAUAUAUAUAUAUAUAAACUGUUUACAUGUAAUCCAAUCCAGAAUAUUAAGAAUUAUACCAAAAGUCCUGUUUUACAUCCAAAAUGAUAUUCUUCACAAAGACUUGAAAAUAUCUACCGUAAUCAGUUCUCUUAAAAUCUCUUACAAAAAAUACCAUACAAAACUUAUUUACCAUAGUAAUUCGCUUCUAUCCGCUCUUUCAUCCUAUGACAUACCUAACAUCCUAACCUGUCGUCUAAAGCGGCAAUGGUGCCGUGACCUAGUUAAAUAAAAGCAAAGGAAAUAAAGUGUAUGUCAAUUUCGUAGUGAUACCACUGGGUUUUUUCCUACUUUUCAUUCUAUUCAUAUAAAAUAUGUAGUAUAUUAAAUACCCUCAAUUAUACUUAUUACACCUAUUAGUGCAUACUGUAUAAAUCUUUUAUAAAUAUAAAAAUUAAUAAAUAAAUAUAUGACAAAAAUGUUACUAUGGUACCUAAAUAAUAAAAAAUUAAACAUAAGUGAUAAUUGAAAUACAGUUUCCACUUGUCAAAGAUGAGCUGAGGUAUAGCAACAGCUCUUUUAAAUGUUUGUUUUAUUUUCUUUUUCCCAUUUUUCUAGCUAUCUGGAGUUGGACAACCUUGUCCAAAAUUUCCAUUCAACCUAGUCUCCCAUAUGUAUUAAUAAAACAUCAUAUUACAGAUCUAUAGCAUCUUUUCAUCUCUUUUUAUCAUUUUAUUUUCUCUCAUAUUUUUAAACUAUCAAAACAACCACUUCCAAAUCAUUCCUUAGUAUCUUCUUUAGGAACUCCACUUGUGUUUGCAAAUAAUUAUUAUUUUACAUCAUCUAGGAUAGUUUUAAAUUGUUUGAUGAAUGGCCCAAUAUUAUAAUUUGUUUAGAAAUAAUUGUCACAUAAUGAUUAGGUAUUACUUUUUGUGCAAACACAUGCAAUAUUUAGUUUUAUAUUUUAUGUAAAGUACCUUUAAAACUAAAUAGUUGAUAGGUACUCAUCAAAAAUGUAUAAGUAUUCAUAUUUUCAGUUAGAACAGUUUAUAAUUUUUACUUAAAACACUUCAGUUUUCUUCAUUAUUGCAUAACUUAUCUAGCAUUAUAUUAUUUAUAUUUUACAAUGGUAUAAUUACUUAUGAGUAGUAGUUAUUUGUAUAAUAAUUACUAAGACACUAGUAAUAAUUAAAUUUGUCUGUUCAAUGAAUUAUACUUAUUUAUAAUUUUCAGGUCGUCCUUGAAACAGAAAUCACCAAUAAACCAGCAUUAAAAUUAUAUGAAAAUUUGGGCUUUGUUCGAGACAAACGUCUUUUCUGCUACUAUUUAAACGGUGUGGAUGCUUUACGUUUAAAAUUGUGGCUCAGAUAAAUUUUAAUGAUACAUUUAAUUAUUUAUUAAUGCAUCAUGUACUGAACAAAAAAAAAAAACCGAAAUUCACAUAUUUUAUAUUGUGCAUAAUAUGUGUAGAUUUAGACAUUUAGUUAAGAAAUAUUUAACCUAUACAUUUUGUGUAUAAUAAAUGUGAGGUUAUUACCUAUUUGUUGUAUAAAUACUAUUAAAUUAUUAUGAUGUAUUAAAAUGAUACCCAAAAGAGAAAAUCAAUGGUUUAAAAUAAAAUCCCUAAAUUUUUUGUUUAAUUAAACAAAUAAUUUAAUCAACUACUAACAUUUUAACCGAUUGAGCUUAGUAUUAGUGUAUUUAUUUAUUCAAAUAUACAAACAAAUAGUCCUAUUACAAAUUAGGGAAUCUAUUUUGAAGCGAAUAAGAGAAAGCAUUUCAGGGAAAUCAACAGAUCCUAGUAUUAAAUUAUGUAGGAAUCUUAAAAGCAGGGAUGAAUGUCUGUCAAUAAGUGGAGAUAAAUUAAAGAAGUUAAGACAAUUUUGGUAUGAUUUGUGGGUAGGUCUAAGAAUGUUAAAUUUGAAGAAUACAAAUCGUAAAGAAUUAUUCUGCACAGAUUAUAUGGUUUUGUCUUGUUUAAGAGUGUUAUUUAUCCAAAUUUAAGGGCAAUAUUCAGUAUCUGAGCAAACCAGAGAGCAGUAGAGUAAUUUCAAGAGUUAUCUAAUGAUUGAAAAGUAUACAUGGUUCUUUCAAAAUAUAUACCUAGACGUGGAACUAAUGAAACAGAAAAACCAAUCAAUAUUUUCUUAAACUGAAACAGUGGCAUAUGUAGGAGUUUGUAUCAUAUUGUAUUAUCAGUACGGUAUCGGUAAUCAAAUUCUGUUUUUUUUUUUUUUUAUAUUCAUAUGGAUAAGGACUACAAUUUGCUUAAAUGAUAUUUUUAUUUUUUGGUAUUAAUUUUUAAUAAUUUGUAUAAAUAUAUUAAAUUUUCUAAAGAUAUUUAUUUUUUCUAAAAGGAAAUUUUCUUGGAUUGGUACCUUAGGGUCAUUUUUCAAUUUUCCCAAGAGUUUAUCCAGCAUAUUUGAAAAACCUGGGAAAAAUGUAGAGAAAACAGAAAAAUUAGUACAAUGUUAAACAAUUAUUAUUUAUGAAAAUAUAUGCCUAUUUAAUUAUUAGGCCAUAAUACAACAAAAAUAUUAUUGAUAAAGCAUCACUAUCAACUAAACUCCACUCAUAAUCAUUGUUUUGUUAGCCAUGGUUUAUCAUUGCUUACAUUUAUAUAUUAAAUUUCCUUCUGUACCCUACCUUCCAAACUUCCCACCUACAACAUUGGUUGCGACCCAUGUGCGAAUAUGUCUGCUUUUUUUACUUGCAUUUUAGUGCUAAUAGUGUUACCAUUGCGAACAUUUUAGACCAGUUUUAAAACUAUUGAUGGAUACCAAUAUAUUCAUCAAUGUCAUUAUGCAUAAUCACCGAUUAUGACUGUCAUUUUAUUUAAAAAUAAUCAUAGGUUUUUGUGUACAGCAUAUAUUUCUAAUUAUUCAAUUUUUUUCUGGGGUCUGUAAAUAUUGACUGUGUAUUAUAUAUGUAUUUAUUCAUCAAAAUAAUACUUAUUACAAAUUCUACUAAAUAGUUAAGUAAUCUAUUUUUUUUUGUCACUAAUUUGUACAGUCUAUUAUUUUUUUAUAUAAUAUAAGACGUUUUGAUUACUUACAGAAGUAUUCUUUAUAUUAUCGACUUAAAGAAAAAUAAUUACGUAUUAAUCAUAAAAAAUGUAACUAUUAUAAUUAAAGGCCCUAAAUCUUUAAACUUUUACUUUUAAAACUGAUCAUAAAAAAAAAAUACAUUUAGAUUUUUGGAACACUUAGUUAAAAAAAAAAAAAAAAAAUUAUAAUAAAGGAUUAAAAUUAGAAGUUUAUGAGCUACUCUUAGGCUUGAGAUCCUCAAAACACGGUUUCAAGAAUAUCUGCGGUUUUUUGGCGGGAUUAUUAUACUCGUGGCCCUGAAAUUUAAUAA